AUGUACGGCACUGGCACCGGCCCUCAAACGGGCAUUUCCACUCCCAGGUCCAGCGCCUCUCUUCGACCCUUGACCCUCACCCACGGCUCUCUCGAAACCUCAUUCCUCGUUCCUACCAGCCUCCACUUCCACGCUUCCCAGAUUAAAGACCGAUUUGUGGCUACCCUGCCCACUGCCACAGACGAGCUUGCUCAGGAUGACGAGCCUUCAUCUGUCGCCGAGUUGGUAGCCCGAUAUCUCGGCUUUGUCGCCAAAGAGGUUGAGGAGGGCGAGGAUGACGCACAGGGUUCAUACGAAGAGGUUCUGAAGCUUGUUCUCAAUGAAUUUGAACGAGCCUUCCUCCGCGGCAAUGAAUGCCAUGCCAUUGCCGCUUCACUUCCUGGCAUUGAACUGAAGAAGCUUGAGGUUAUCCGCUGCUACUACAUGGCGCGGGCGGUUUCUAACAGAACUAUCCGACCCCACGAGUCUGCGCUGUUCCGAGCCGCCGACGAUGGCUCUGCCGAAAUUUACACCAUUUUUGGUGGCCAGGGAAACAUUGAAGAAUACUUUGAUGAACUUCGCCAGGUUUUCCAGACCUACUCCAGCUUUGUUGGCGACCUCAUCACCUCAUCAGCCGAGCAGCUGAUUACUCUCUCUACCAACUCCAGCGCAGAGAAGAUGUUCCCCAAGGGUCUGGAUAUCAUGAACUGGUUACAGCAUCCCGAUUCCACUCCCGACGUUGAAUACCUGAUCUCUGCACCUGUCAGCUUCCCCUUGAUCGGUCUCGUCCAGAUGGCCCAUUAUGAGGUUACUUGCAAGGUUCUGGGUGUUCACCCUGGUAUGCUCCGCGAGCGCAUCAGUGGUAGCACUGGUCACUCUCAGGGUAUUGUAAUGGCCGCCGCAACCGCAGCUGCCGACUCCUGGGAGUCAUGGCGCGAGAUUGUGAGCUCAACGCUGUCCAUCUUGUUCUGGGUUGGUACAAGAAGCCAGCAGGCUUUCCCUACUACUUCCAUGACUCCUACCAUGUUGCGUGAGUCCAUGGAGCAUGGCGAGGGCAACCCCACGCCCAUGUUGAGCAUUCGCGAUCUUUCUCAACAGGAAGUCCAGAAGCACAUUGAUGCUACCAACGAAUACCUUCCUCCCCACCGCCACAUCAGCAUCUCGCUUAUCAACAGCCCUCGAAACUUGGUUGUCACAGGUCCCCCUACCUCUUUACCAGACCCGUGUUCCCUAGAGCGUAAGGUCCGCUUUGUCAACCGCUUCCUCCCCAUUACGGCUCCUUUCCACAGCAAGUACCUCGCGGAGGCUACUGAGAUGAUUGAUGCUGAUCUCAAAAACAUCUCCAUUGACGCCCAGGAUCUUGGCAUCCCUGUUUUCGACACAAACACUGGAAAGGACCUGCGAAACGAGGUCAAGGGCAAUAUUGUCCCUGCUUUGGUUCGACUGAUUACUCGCGCCCCUGUCAACUGGGAGAAGGCCACUGUCUUCCCGGAUGCCACUCACAUCUUGGACUUUGGCCCCGGUGGUGUUUCUGGUCUUGGUACCCUGACAAGCCGAAACAAGGAGGGUACUGGCGUCCGUGUCAUUCUGGCUGGUACCAUUGAUGGCACCAUGAAUGAGGUUGGCUACAAGCCCGAGAUCUUCGAUAGAGACGAAGAGAACGCGUUGCGGUAUGCCAUUGACUGGGUCAAGGAGUUUGGUCCUCGCCUCGUCAAGACCUCUAGCGGCCGCAAAUAUCUUGACACCAAGAUGAGUCGUCUUCUUGGAUUGCCUCCCAUUGUUGUGGCUGGCAUGACUCCUGCUACCGUUCCUUGGGAUUUUGUUGCUGCUACCAUGAACGCUGGUUACCAUAUUGAGCUUGCUGGUGGUGGUUACUUCAUGGGUAACAUGAUGACCGACGCUCUUCUCAAGAUUGAAAAGGCAAUCCCUUCUGGACGUGGUAUCACCGUCAACUUGAUCUACGUCAAUCCUCGAGCUAUGGCUUGGCAGAUUCCCCUGAUUGGUAAGCUCCGUGCUGAGGGUGUUCCCAUCGAAGGCUUGACCAUCGGUGCUGGUGUUCCUUCUAUCGAGGUUGCCCAGGAGUACAUUGAGACUCUCGGUCUCAAGCAUAUUGGCUUCAAGCCAGGUUCUGUUGAAGCCAUUCAGGCCGUCGUCAACAUCGCCAAGGCCAACCCCAACUUCCCAGUCAUCUUGCAGUGGACUGGUGGUCGUGGUGGUGGUCACCACUCCUUCGAAGACUUCCAUCAGCCCAUUCUUCAAAUGUACGGCCGCAUCCGUCGCCAAGAAAACAUUAUCCUGGUCGCUGGCAGUGGUUUUGGUGGCGCUGAGGACACUUACCCUUACAUCACCGGACAGUGGUCCAAGAAGUAUGGUUAUCCUCCCAUGCCCUAUGACGGCUGCUUGUUCGGCAGUCGCAUGAUGGUGGCCAAGGAGGCACACACCAGCAAAGAUGCCAAGCAGGCUAUUAUCGACGCCCCUGGUGUCGAAGACGGAGAGUGGGAGAAGACUUACAAGGGUCCUGCUGGAGGUGUCAUCACUGUUCGUUCCGAAAUGGGUGAACCAAUUCACAAGUUGGCCACCCGAGGUGUCCGUUUCUGGGCCGAGAUGGACCAGAAGAUCUUCAGCUUGCCCAAGGAGAAGCGUAUUGCAGAGCUCAAGAAGAAUCGCGACUACAUCAUCAAGCGCCUCAACGACGACUUCCAAAAGGUUUGGUUCGGGUGCGAUAAGGAGGGCAAGGCUUGCGAUUUGGAGGAUAUGACUUAUGGCGAUGUCGUUCGCCGUAUGGUUGAACUUCUCUACGUCAAGCAUCAGAAGCGCUGGAUUGACCCCAGCUACAUCAAGUUUACUGGCGACUUCAUCCACCGUGUUGAGGAACGUUUCACCAGCGUCGCCGGAAAGCCGUCUCUCCUCCAGAACUACUCGGAUCUCAACGACCCUUUCACAACUGUGGAGCGCAUUCUCUCUAAUUACCCAGAAGCUGAGACUCAGAUCAUCAACGCCCAGGACGUCCAGCACUUCCUGAUGCUUUGCAUGAACCCCUUCCAGAAGCCCGUCACUUUCAUUCCCAGCCUUGAUGAUAACUUUGAGUUCUACUUCAAGAAGGACUCUCUUUGGCAGUCCGAGGACUUGGACGCUGUCAUUGGCCAGGAUGUCGGCCGAACUUGCGUCCUCCAGGGUCCUGCCGCCGUCAGGUUCUCAACUGUUGUGGAUGAGCCUAUCAAGGAUAUUCUCGACGGCAUUCACGAAACUCACAUCAAGAUGCUCACCCGAGACAUGUACAGCAAUGAUGAGUCUUCCAUUCCUUCCGUCGAGUAUUUUGGCGGCAAGUUGGUCGACUCUGAGAUUCCCCUCGACGUUGAGGGUCUCACGGUUGCCUAUGAUGCUCACAAGAACACAUACCGCCUGUCUUCUGCUGCUGGCGCUUCGCUUCCCUCGGUGGAUUCCUGGUUGGCUUUGCUGGCUGGUCCUAACCGCAACUGGCGCCACGCUCUUCUCAUGUCUGAUGUGGUUGUCCAGGGCCAGAAGUUCCAGACCAACCCUCUCAAGCGCAUCUUUGCCCCCGCUCGCGGUCUUUUUGUGGAAAUUCAAUAUCCUAAUGAGCCUGCCAAGACUACCAUCAUUGUUCGGGAGCAACCUCGACACAACCACUACGUCGAUGUCAUCGAGGUUAAGCUUGUUGGCAAGAAUGAGAUUCUUGUCAACCUGAUCAAGGAUACUACGGCCCUUGGCAAGCCCGCUGCCAUGCCGCUCAAGUUCACCUAUCACCCCGAGGCUGGUUACGCUCCCAUCCGCGAAGUCAUGGAGGACCGCAACGAUCGUAUCAAGGAGUUCUACUGGAAGGCGUGGUUCGGCGACGAGCCCCUGAACUUGGACGCCCUCGUCACCAGCACAUUCGACGGUGGACGCACUACUAUCACCAGUGAGGCUAUCAAUGACUUUGUUCACGCUGUUGGCAACACUGGCGAAGCAUUCGUCGACAGACCUGGCAAGAUUGUCAAUGCUCCUAUGGACUUUGCCAUUGUUGUUGGAUGGAAGGCCAUUACCAAACCCAUCUUCCCUCGCACCAUUGAUGGUGACUUGCUUAAGCUGGUCCACUUGUCCAACCAGUUCCGCAUGAUUCCUGGCGCUGAGCCUCUCAAGAAGGGUGACGAGGUUGCCACCACCGCCCAGGUCAACGCAGUGAUCAACCAGGAAGCCGGCAAGAUGGUCGAGGUUUGUGGUACUAUUUCUCGUGAUGGGAAGCCUGUCAUGGAGGUGACGUCGCAGUUCCUGUACCGCGGCAAGUACACCGACUUUGAGAAUACUUUCCAGCGCAAGAUUGAGACCCCCGUCCAGGUCCACCUAGCCACGACCAAGGACGUUGCUAUUCUGCGCUCCAAGCAGUGGUUCGCCACUGAUGAGCUCCCUAGCGAGAUUGACCUGCUUGGCCAGACCCUGACCUUCAAGCUUCAGUCUCUGGUCCGCUACAAGAACAGGAACGUCUUCAGCAGUGUCGAGACUCGAGGACAAGUUCUCCUUGAGCUACCCACCAAGGAAGUCAUUCAGGUCGCCAGUGUCGACUACGAGGCUGGAGAGUCGCAUGGAAACCCCGUCAUUGACUACUUGGAGCGUAACGGCUCUCCCCUGGAUCAGCCCAUCCUCUUCGAGAACCCUAUCCCUCUCAGUGGCAAGACUCCUCUGCAGCUGCGUGCCCCCGCCUCCAACGAGACUUAUGCUCGCGUCUCUGGAGAUUACAACCCUAUUCACGUUUCCCGCGUCUUCUCCACCUAUGCCAACCUUCCGGGUACCAUCACCCACGGCAUGUACUCCAGUGCUGCUGUCCGAAGUUUGGUUGAAACCUGGGCUGCUGAGAACGAUAUCGGCCGUGUCCGCAGCUUCCACGCAACCUUUGUUGGCAUGGUCCUUCCCAACGACGAUAUCCAGGUGAAGUUGCAGCACGUUGGUAUGGUUGCUGGUCGCAAGAUCAUCAAGGUUGAGGUCACCAACACCGAAAACGAGGAGAAGGUCCUACUUGGUGAGGCCGAAGUAGAACAGCCCGUCACUGCCUACGUCUUUACUGGUCAAGGCUCACAAGAGCAAGGCAUGGGUAUGGAGUUGUAUGGUAGCAGCCCUGUGGCCAAGGAGGUUUGGGACCGAGCUGAUAAGUACCUGCUGGAUAACUAUGGCUUCUCAAUCACCAACAUUGUCAAGAACAACCCCAAGGAGCUCACUAUCCACUUUGGUGGCCCCAGAGGCAAGGCCAUUCGCCAAAACUACAUGGCCAUGACCUUUGAGACUGUGGCUGCUGAUGGCUCCAUCAAAUCUGAACGUAUUUUCAAGGAGAUUGACGAGAGCACCACUUCUUAUACUUACCGCUCACCAACUGGUCUGCUUUCGGCCACUCAAUUCACGCAACCCGCCCUGACUCUUAUGGAGAAGGCCAGUUUCGAGGAUAUGAAGUCAAAGGGCCUCGUGCCUCGUGACAGCACCUUUGCUGGCCACUCUCUGGGUGAAUACUCGGCCCUGGCUGCAUUGGCUGAUGUCAUGCCCAUCGAGUCACUGGUGUCGGUUGUUUUCUACCGUGGUCUGACCAUGCAAGUCGCCGUCGAGCGUGACGAGGCUGGCCGAUCCAACUACUCCAUGUGCGCGGUCAACCCCAGCCGUAUCUCCAAGACGUUCAACGAAGAAGCUCUGCAGUUUGUUGUCAAUAACAUUGCUGAGGAGACGGGCUGGUUACUGGAGAUUGUCAACUACAACAUUGCCAACAUGCAAUACGUAUGCGCUGGUGACUUGCGUGCACUAGACACGCUCGCCGGUGUGACCAACUUCCUCAAGAUGCAGCAGAUUGAUAUUGAGGAGAUGCGAAGCAACAUUGAGGAGGCCAAGGAGGCUUUGCGCAAGAUCAUCCGUGGAUGUGCCGACGCAACUCUCAAGAAGCCUCUGCCCCUGGAGCUGGAGCGUGGAUUUGCCACAAUUCCUCUCCGUGGCAUUGAUGUGCCUUUCCAUUCGACCUUCUUGCGAUCUGGUGUCAAGCCUUUCCGAUCGUUCUUGCUCAAGAAGAUCAACAAGACAACGAUUGAUCCGUCAAAGCUGGUUGGAAAGUACAUUCCCAAUGUCACUGCCAAGCCAUUUGAGCUCACCAAGGAAUACUUUGAGGAUGUCUACAAGCUGACCAACUCACCCAAGAUUGGAGCCGUCUUGGCCAACUGGGACAAGUACACGCAAGAGGAUGAUGGCAAAGCUGUCAGCGACAGCUCCUCAAGCGUGGGCUACGACGGGCCUGGUGCUGCCGCCUAA